UGGACGGACUUUAAAAACGGCUUCGGGACACCUUGUAAAACAGACUAUUGGAUGGGCAAUGAGAUAGUUCACCAACUCACAUCUCGGGGUAAUUUUGAAUUGAGAAUUGAUAUGGUCUUCAAUGGAAGUAGCUAUUACGCCAGAUACAAUAACUUUAAUGUUGACAGCGAAGAGAACCAAUAUGAGCUGACUUUGAAUACAUUUAGUGGAAAUGUCUAUGAUGAAUUUGGUAUCCACAACCAUAUGAAGUUUAGCACUCCAGACAGGGACAAUGAUAUUGAUGACAGGCUCUUCUGUUCCCAGAUGUUUCAAGCAGGCUGGUGGUACAUGAAUUGUCACUAUGCAAAUCUGAAUGGCCACUUUGACUCACCGACGCCGCUUAAAGGCGUCACCUGGACCGAACUUACAACAGGCAAUUAUUCACUGUCUUCUGUUGAAAUGAAAAUCAGGAAGAAGAAUUAAAUUUGGCAAAGUCGAUCGAGGCAUCUCAGAAGUGUAUUAUUUUAGAUAAAAGAAAAAAAUAUUUUUAAAUUUGUUUGAAGCAAUCAAAGUAAUUAUUG